CUUCUCCCUCCCUCAUCUUCUCUCCUUUCCCCCUCCAGGUCCCUCCUUACCCCUCUUUUCCUCCUCCCUCCCUUCCUCCUCCCCUUUCCUCCCUCCCCUCCUCCCCGCUUCUCCCGCCCCGGUCUCCCUCCCUUCCUUCUCCCGGUCCCUCCGUUCCCCCCUUCCUCCUCCCUCUGUUUCUCUCUUCUCUGUCCCUCCUCCCUUCUCCUCCUCCCUCCCUUGCUUCCCCGCCGUCUCUCUCAAAACCCGGAGCGGAUCGCCGGCCCGGGACUAGCCUCGCGCAUGCGCCGGAGCGGCGCCGGCUCGGCCGACAGUCGGAAGCGCCAGCCCUGAGCCGGGGGAGCGGCUGCAGAGGCUGCUCCGCCGCGCCGCCGGCCAGGCCGUUGGCUCCUGCUCCGGGCCCGGGGCUACCGGCUGUGGACUUCAAAAUGAGCGUCCCUGACUACAUGCAGUGUGCUGAGGACCACCAGACUCUCCUUGUGGUGGUCCAGCCUGUGGGGAUCGUCUCGGAAGAGAACUUCUUCAGGAUCUACAAGAGGAUUUCCUCUGUGAGCCAGAUCAGCGUUCGAGACUCCCAGCGUGUGCUCUACAUCCGCUACAGACACCACUACCCACCCGAGAACAACGAGUGGGGCGACUUCCAGACCCACCGCAAAGUCGUGGGCCUCAUCACCAUCACAGACUGCUUCUCGGCCAAGGAUUGGCCGCAGACCUUUGAGAAGUUCCACGUGCAGAAGGAGAUCUAUGGCUCCACGCUCUAUGACUCCCGGCUGUUUGUCUUUGGGCUGCAGGGUGAGAUCGCCGAGCAGCCACGCACCGACGUGGCCUUCUACCCCAACUACGAGGACUGUGAGACGGUAGAGAAGAGGAUCGAGGACUUCAUCGAGUCGCUCUUCAUUGUGCUCGAGUCCAAGCGUCUGGAUAGGGCCACAGACAAGUCUGGGGAUAAGAUCCCCCUUCUCUGUGUCCCAUUUGAGAAAAAAGACUUUGUAGGAUUGGACACAGAUAGCAGACAUUACAAGAAGCGGUGCCAAGGACGCAUGCGGAAACAUGUGGGGGACUUAUGCCUGCAGGCUGGGAUGCUGCAGGACUCCUUGGUCCAUUACCACAUGUCGGUGGAGCUUCUCCGCUCAGUGAAUGACUUCUUGUGGCUUGGAGCUGCCCUUGAAGGGUUGUGUUCGGCUUCUGUCAUCUAUCACUAUCCUGGUGGAACCGCUGGUAAGGCUGGAGCUCAAAGGGUCCCGGGCAGCUCGCUUCCUGCUGAAGCAGCCAACAGACACCGACCGGGGGCACAAGAAGUUCUCAUUGAUCCAGGUGCCCUAACCACCAAUGGCAUAAAUCCCGACACCAGCGCUGAAAUUGGACGUGCUAAGAACUGUCUUAGCCCUGAAGACAUAAUUGACAAAUAUAAGGAGGCCAUUUCCUAUUACAGCAAGUAUAAGAACGCUGGAGUGAUCGAGUUAGAAGCCUGUGUCAAAGCUGUGCGUGUCCUCGCCAUUCAGAAGCGGAGCAUGGAAGCUUCAGAAUUUCUCCAGAAUGCAGUUUACAUUAAUCUUCGCCAGCAAGAAAGUAAGAGGAAAUCCUCAGAGGCCAAAACAACCAAAAAGCAGGGAUUCUGGAAGCUUUCUGAAGAAGAAAAAAUUCAGCGAUACAGCAUCCUCUCUGAGCUCUAUGAGUUGAUCGGCUUCCGUCGCAAGGCGGCGUUCUUCAAGCGCGUGGCUGCUAUGCAGUGUGUGGCCCCGAGCAUCUCGGAGCCUGGGUGGAGGGCCUGCUACAAACUCCUCCUGGAGACGCUUCCAGGCUACAGUCUGUCCCUGGAUCCAAAAGACUUCAACAAAGGCACGCACCGAGGCUGGGCCGCCGUCCAGAUGCGUUUGCUUCAUGAGUUGGUCUAUGCCUCCCGGAGGAUGGGGAAUCCUGCUCUUUCUGUCAGGCACUUGUCGUUCUUGUUACAGACCAUGCUGGAUUUUUUGUCAGAUCAAGAAAAGAAAGAUGUGACUCAAAGCCUGGAGAACUAUACAUCCAAAUGUCCUGGGACGAUGGAACUCAUCACUCUCCCAGAUGGCCUCACGCUGCCUCCGGUGCCCUUCACCAAACUGCCCAUUGUCAGGCGAGUGAAACUGUUGAACCUUCCUGCCAGCCUCCGGCCACAGAAAAUGAAAAGCUUGCUGGGUCAGAACGUGUCAACCAAGAGCCCCUUCAUCUACUCACCGAUUAUCGCACACAACCGUGGAGAAGAGCGGAACAAGAAAAUAGAUUUCCAGUGGGUUCAAGGAGAUGUAUGUGAGGUUCAGCUGAUGGUAUAUAACCCAAUGCCAUUUGAACUCCGAGUUGAAAACAUGGGGCUUCUCACGAGUGGCGUGGAGUUCGAGUCUCUCCCUGCAGCGCUUUCCCUUCCAGCUGAAUCUGGUCUUUACCCGGUGACGCUCGUUGGGGUCCCACAGACGACUGGAACGAUUACUGUGAAUGGUUACCAUACCACGGUCUUUGGUGUCUUUAGUGACUGUUUGCUGGACAACCUCCCGGGAAUAAAGACCAGCGGCUCCACAGUCGAAGUCAUUCCUGCUCUGCCCAGACUCCAGAUCAGCACUUCUCUGCCCAGAUCUGCACAUUCAUUGCAACCUUCCUCUGGUGAUGAAAUAUCUACUAAUGUGUCGGUCCAGCUUUACAAUGGAGAAACUCAGCAACUUGUCAUUAAAUUGGAAAACAUUGGAAUGGAACCGCUGGAGAAACUGGAAGUCACCUCAAAAAUUCUCACCACCAAAGAAAAAUUGUAUGGCGACUUCUUGAGCUGGAAACUAGAAGACGCCCUUGCCCAAUUUCCUCUGCAGCCUGGAAAGGUGGCCACUGUCAUCAUCAACAUCAAAGUGAAGCUGGAUUUCUCCUGCCAGGAGACUCUCCUCCAAGAUCUCAGCGAUGAUGGAAUCAGUGUGAGCGGCUUUCCACUGUGCAGUCCCUUUCGACAAGUCGUUAGGCCUCGAGUGGAGAACAAACCCGUGAACCCACCUGAGGGCAGCAAACCUGGGGACUCGAGCCACGUGAAGACCCUGGAAGCUAUCCUGAAUUUCAAAUACUCUGGAGGCCCGGGCCACGCUGAAGGAUAUUACAGGAACCUCUCCCUGGGCCUGCAUGUAGAAGUUGAGCCAUCUGUGUUCUUCACCCGAGUCAGUACUCUGCCAGCAACCAGUACCCGGCAGUGCCACCUGCUCCUGGAUGUCUUCAACUCCAUGGAGCACGAGCUGACAGUCAGCGCCCGGAACAAUGAAGAGCUCAUCCUGCACGCCGGCGAGUGCCAGCGAAUGGCGAUUCAAGUGGACAAGUUCAACUUCGAGAAUUUCCCAGAAUCCCCUGGGGAGAAGGGACAAUUUGCAAAUCCAAAGCAGCUGGAAGAAGAGAGGCAGGAAGCUCGAGGCCUGGAGAUCAACAGCAAGCUGGACAUCCGCGAGGCUCACCCCUCUCUGAAGCGCACAGGCGAGGCGAGCGUGGAAGGACUCCUGAACCAGCUGGUCCUGGAGCACCUGCAGCUGGCUCCUCUGCAGUGGGACGUGCUGGUGGACGGGCAACCAUGUGACUGCGAGGCGGCGGCCUGCCAGGUGGGCGACCCCGUGCGGCUAGAGGUGCGGCUGACCAACCGGAGCCCGCGCAGUGUGGGGCCCUUCGCCCUCACGGUGGUCCCCUUCCAGGACCACCAGAACGGCGUGCACAACUACGACCUGCACAACGCUGUCUCCUUCGUGGGCUCCAGCACCUUCUACCUCGACGCGGUGCAGCCAUUGGGCCAGUCGGCCUGCCUGGGGGCCCUCCUCUUCCUCUACACGGGCGACUUCUUCCUCCUCAUCCGCGUCCACGAGGACAGCACGAGCAAGGAGCUGCCGCCCUCCUGGUUCUGCCUGCCCAGCGUGCACGUGCGCUCCCUGGAGGCGCAGGCUUGAGCCGCUCCUGCCCCGUCUGGGUCCCUGUGCCCAGAGAGCCGUGGGGGCAAGGCCUUCGCUGCAGCUCCUGUCCCCUCCUCCCAGCCCCACCCCUCUCCUCCCCUUCCUCCUUCAGCAUCCUUUCCAGGCUGUGCAGGAGACCCCAGACAUGGCAGCCUCCCCUCUUCCCACACUGGCCACCGGGGUCCUUCUGCUGGAGCCUGGCAUGCAGGUGGAUGCUGACCAAACCCCAGAGGGUGGUGCCCGCCCAGCCCGGGUCCUGGGGUCCCUGCACCUCUUCCUGUGACCUGGGGCUCAGCCCAGCCAGUAGGAAGAAGAGGCGAGCGUGAGUGAGGGGCACAGCCCAGGUGGGCCUGAGGAGCCUCCCUCUGCCCUGUCGGCCACUGGAAUCCUCCGAGGGCUGCCUCUUCUCCCAGAGGCCCUGAGGCAGUCCAGGCAGGAGAGAUGGAGCCGUGAUUGACACCAAGAGGGGCCACCUGCCCCCUGCAGGCGAAUGUCUGGGCGGGUACCAGCUGUCCCGGGCCCUGGGCUGUUUCCAGAGGGCCGUGGCCUGUUUGUCUGUGUCUGUGACAAGUUCUCCAAUAAAGAGCCUGCCUUGCUUCUC